AAUACCCCCUUUUUCUUUCUUUCAUAUAUAUAUAUAUAUAUAUGCCAUUUUAGCCUUCAUCUUUCUUUUAGGGCUUGUACAAGAACUCAAAGGGAAGAAUACAAAGAUGGUGAGAGCUCCAUGUUGUGAGAAAAUGGGGCUCAAGAAAGGCCCUUGGACUCCUGAAGAAGACCAUAUUCUCAUCAAUUAUAUUAACCUCUAUGGCCAUGGAAAUUGGAGAGCUCUCCCUAAACAAGCUGGUUUAUUAAGGUGUGGAAAAAGUUGUAGGCUUAGAUGGACAAAUUACCUGAGGCCUGACAUUAAACGGGGAAACUUAACCAAAGAAGAAGAGGAAACCAUUAUUAACCUACAUGAAAUGCUUGGAAACAGAUGGUCGGCAAUUGCAGCAAGAUUACCCGGGAGAACCGACAAUGAGAUUAAAAACGUGUGGCACACCCAUUUGAAAAAAAAGCUAAGACAAAAUUACUUCACUCCACAACUUGAAAGUUACGCCGCCGUGAACCGGCCGAUCUGCGGUGGUGAUAAAGAAGAAUUUAUAGUACAACAACCCUUCAAAUUUACGACAUUUCAGCCGAUGCAGGCCUCUGCUUCGGCUUCUUCCCCGCCCCAUUGCUCCAGUGAGAGCUCCUCCAUCGUCACGGCAGAGAACGGCGAGUUGUCAACAAAUAACCUGCCGGAAGCCGACGAUAAUUUCUGGAUGGAAGUUUUGGCCAGCGACCAAAUCGCCACCGUGGGAAGCCAACAGGGAUUUGGAGGUCAAAGUAGUCAGGGUCAGUUUGGUAAUUUUACAAUGGAGCAACCAAUUCAUGAGACUAUGGAUUUUUGGUAUAAUAUUUUUGCAAUAGGAGGGGAUUUAUCUGAGUUGAAAGAGAUAUUAUGAGCCUAAUGAAAUUAAUUGUUAUUAUUAUUUUUUGGGUGGGGAAUUAGCUAGUGGGUUAUAAUGACAAUAGACUACUUUUCUUUUCACCUUUUAGAGGAGAGGGAUUGUAUUCACCAUUCCAAAAGUUGUCAAAAUUUUAUGGGGUUUUACAGAUCACAAAAUUUUAAAAAAAAAAAAAAAAAAAAA